AUGAACGAAGAGGAGCAGACUUCCGACAUCGCCACAGAGAGCAACUGUACCACAGGGAGCAACGGCGACAUGGCCAAGAAGGAGGAGACCAGCCCGACCAACGACCGCCACGAACACGACGUCGUGUCUGCACGUGCCGGCGGCACGGGGCGUCCGGCAUCGCCACCGCCCCGGCCCAGCAGCAGCAGCAAGGACGGGACAGACCAGUCUGGCUUCAGGAUCGUGGACGGCCUGGCGCCACCACCUCUGCCCGCGUCCCUCGCGCGGCUUCUCUGCCUCGGCGCCUUUGUCACGUCGACGCCCACCACCGCCAGCACGCUUUGUUGGACAUGA